AUGACAAUUAUCAAUGAAUCAAACGGAUCUACAAUAAAUGAGCACGUCACAGCUACUAUUGAUCCGCGUGUUGCGAUUGGCCCAAGUGCCCCUGAGCACCUUGCCGACUUGCAGCAAGAGAUCAAUCGUCACGCGCAGGCAUACAGCAAUGGCGACGCUACCUCGCGUUUGAAGCUUCUGGAAACAGCCCGGUCCCUUGUACAAGCCAUGGAGACACCCCAGGAGACAAUGCUGCGAUACUGUUGGGCCCAGCCAUCUUCGUUCGCGGGCAUUGAGACCUGUAUCGAUCUAGGGAUCUUUACGAUCCUAGCGCAGACCAAUAAGCCCAAAUCGGUGGCGGAGCUCGCGGCGACGACCGGUGCGGAGCCUGAAUUACUUGGCCGUAUCAUGAAGCACCUUGCCGCAAUGGGAGUUUUCGUUGAGACCGGUAUGGAUGUGUACGGUCGCAACGGUCUGACUACCACGCUGGCUCUGAAACGCUACAGCGACGCAUGGCCAUGCAUUAUAUUAAUGGCGUUUGUCUACACCAGCACCGGCUGCACCCUUCCAGCAAUCAGCGCAAUGCCAGCAUGGCUCAAGAAAAACAAUUACUGCAGUCCAACCCAAGGAACAGACUGCCCGUUCACUCAGGGAUUCAAGACUGAGUACCCGUUCUUUGAAUUCCUGAACGGAAAGAAUCCGGAUUACCCUGAGCUUGGCACACAAUUCAAUAAUCUCAUGUCUGCCUACCACCAGGGUAGACCUAGCUGGAUGGAUGCUGGUUUCUAUCCGGUAGAGAGACUCGUCCACGGGGCGAGAACCGGUGAAGAUGACGUCUUCAUCGUGGACGUCGGUGGAAACAAGGGCCAUGAUCUGGAGGAAUUCGUAUCGAAGUGGCCAAACACGCCUGGAAGGUUGAUCCUACAGGACCAACCACAUGUUCUGAGAGACAUCAAGUCGUUGAACUUGGCGAUUGAACCCAUGGACCAUGACUUCUUCCAGGAGCAGCCUAUCAUAGGUGCCCGAGUAUACUUUUUGCAUUCGGUCUUGCACGACUGGAAUGAUGAGACAUGCCAAAGAAUUCUGUCGCGAUUAGUCGCUGCAAUGACACCUGGGUACAGCAAAUUGUUGAUCAACGAGAAUGUAGUGCCUGAUACAGGUGCCCAUUGGCAAGCCACUUCCCUAGAUCUGAUAAUGAUGGUGGACCUUGCUGCGAAGGAGCGGACCGAACAACAAUGGCAUCGGAUGAUUGAGCUUGCUGGUCUAAAAAUUGUGAAGAUCUGGACACCCCUCGAUAGCGCUGAGAGCUUGCUUGAAUGCGAGUUGGCUUGA